AGCGUGCUGCACGAACACAAAUGCCGUUACAUUUGUAGUUUUGAGCAAAAGAAAAAAGUCUAAGAGAGCUAUUAACCGCGUGUCAGAUGCUACCUUCCAAAAAACAAUGUGCGUUUUGUUAACGAAUUACAUAUGAAUAUCCCCGCAGGAUUCCGUGCUGCUCAUACGUUAUCUUAUAAGAAGUGAUUCCGGUUCAGUGGGAAGGUUUGAACUGCUCCAAAGUGACCAUUGUUGUAAUCAGGUCGAGGCUGUUAUCAUUUCCACUUGCUGGCUUUCUUAGUUUUUUUACGGGUUUACAGCAGAAAAACAGUGCAAGCUUUUUAGAGUGUCAUGAAAGAAAUGUCAAGCACCAUGCCUGGAGGGCAGCAGCCUCAGAAACAUUAUGGCAUCACCUCUGCCAUUAGCCUUGCACCCCCACGAGAAAUAGACCAUCAAUACACCAAGAAGCUCUGUGAUGCUAUGAAACCUUUUGGGGUGUUUGAAGAUGAAGAAGAAUUGAACCAUAGACUUGCAGUUCUUGGGAAGUUGAAUAACUUUGUUAAAGAAUGGAUAUCAGAGAUCAGCGAACUAAAGAACCUCCCACCGUCAGCUAUAAGCUGUGUUGGAGGCAAGAUAUUUACAUUUGGUUCAUACAGACUUGGAGUGCACACAAAAGGAGCCGAUAUUGAUGCCUUAUGUGUGGCUCCACGCCAUGUAGAAAGAAGUGACUUUUUCUCAUCUUUCUUUGAGAAAUUCAAACAGCACGAAGAGAUCAAAGACCUGAGGGCUGUCGAGGAUGCCUUUGUACCCGUGAUAAAAUUCAAAUUUGACGGAAUAGAGAUUGAUCUGCUUUUUGCCAGACUGGCCUUACAGUCCAUUCCAGACAACCUGGACCUGAGGGGGGACUCCAUCCUGAGAAACUUGGAUAUUCGGUGUAUACGCAGCCUUAACGGCUGUCGUGUGACCGAUGAAAUUCUGUACCUGGUGCCAAACAAAGAAAACUUCAGACUGACACUGAGAGCCAUUAAACUCUGGGCCAAGCGUCGCGGGAUCUACUCCAACAUGCUGGGGUUUCUGGGUGGUGUGUCGUGGGCCAUGCUGGUGGCCAGGACCUGCCAGCUCUACCCCAACGCUGUGGCUGCCACGCUGGUCCACAAGUUCUUCUUGGUGUUUUCCAAGUGGGAGUGGCCAAAUCCUGUGCUUUUGAAACAGCCUGAAGACAGUAACCUGAAUUUACCUGUGUGGGAUCCUAGAGUGAACCCGUCUGACAGAUACCACCUGAUGCCCAUCAUCACCCCCGCCUACCCCCAGCAGAACUCCACCUACAACGUCUCCACGUCAACGCGCACCAUCAUGAACGAGGAGUUCAAAUACGGCCUCAGUGUCACAGAUGAGAUUCUUCAGGGAAAAACAGAAUGGUCCAAACUCUUUGAGCCUCCCAACUUCUUCCAAAAGUACAAACAUUACAUCGUUCUGACUGCCAGUGCCUCCACAGAAGAAAACCACUUAGAAUGGAUCGGUCUGGUGGAGUCAAAGAUCCGCGUUCUGGUGGGGAACCUGGAGAGGAACGAGUACAUCACGCUGGCUCAUGUCAACCCCCAGUCCUUCCCCGGGUCCAAGGAGAACCGCAACGAGAACGACUUUGUGUCCAUGUGGUUCAUCGGGAUAAUCUUCAAGAAAGUGGAGAAUGCGGAGAGUGUGAACAUUGACCUGACGUACGACAUCCAGUCUUUCACAGACACCGUGUACAGACAGGCCAACAACAUCAACAUGCUGAAGGAUGGGAUGAAGAUUGAGGCGACACACGUGAAGAAGAAACAGCUCCAUCAGUACCUUCCCCCUGAACUGGUGCAGAAGAAGAAGAGGAGCAUAGCGGAGUUGAACCGCAGCUCUAACGGGGGGAGCUCGAAGCGCCUGUCUCUGGACAGCAGUCACCUGGACAGCUCCAGAGACACCGACUCGGGGACUCCCUUCACCUCCCCGAGCAGCAAGCCCGCCAAGCCUGCGUCUGACACGGAUGACGGCGUUAGCCCCCCAAAGCAGCUUUUCGUGGAGGGCUCUCCAGCUCCCAGCGCAGCAACCGCAGCAACCGCAGCGACGGCAACGACAGCAUCACCAGCAACACCUGCAGCGCCAGUGGCAACAGCAGCAGCAGCAGCAGCAGCAGCGGCAACAGCAUCUGUUGCUACAGACCAAGGGAUGUCCAUUCCUGUCAUUGGCUCAAAGCCUGCAGUUAAAGCAAAGCCUGCUUCUCCCCAGCCGGCAGCCGGCAGCUCCGUCAGCGCGGCGCAGAUCGAAGACGUGCUGCCCGACGCCGCCAGCAGCCCCCGAGAGGAGCCCAACAACGGCCUGGAGGAUUCCACCAACGAUGCCGCUGCCAAGAGACCACACUCACCAACACAAGAGGACCUGGCCAAGAGGCCCAAAGAAGCAGAGGUGGUGCCCAAUGAUGACUCUGCAUUUAAAGAGCCAUAUCCACCGUCCUCCUCUGACUCACACGGAGAAGGAGCAAAUGCUCAAACACUUUCUGGAUCAAAGGCUAAGCCCAUUCCAACCAUCGAUACCUCAAGAACACAGAGACUUCCCAGCAUGGAGCUGCCAGACGCCUCGUCGCCUCUCCCAGCGAGCAACAGUUGUCGCGUCGUGAAAAAUUCCAUCAAACUGGCUCUCAACCGCCACAACAUCACACCUCCCAAGCCCCCAGUGUUUGAGGGCACCCUCACCACUGACACUCAUCCUGCCGGCGAAGAGAAGGGCAUGUCCAUCCCUGUCAUUGGCUCAAAACACGUGGCAGCCAAACAGGCAGCGCCCCCCGUCGGCAGCUCUAUCCCCACAUUAGUGAGCCGAGGGGCCGACCCCCUGAACGGAGCCUCCUCCAAGAGAGCCCACUCCCCCACGCUGGAGGAACAGGCCAAGAGGCUGAAAGAAACAGAAAAGGCCAGAAUCCACAUAGCUUGAACACAACAACUAUAGACUGGAUUUAUAUACAUACAUACAGAGUUGGGGCUUUAACGUUAAGUCAAAACAGCGAGAAGAUGACUUCACACAGGGGGGCAGGGAGUGUGUUCAGGUCACAUCUCAUGUGUGAAGCAGCAGAACAGACAGCUCACCUCGACUCUUCAGAGGUUACAGAUUUGCCAGGAUAGGUGAUUUUGGUCAAACCAGACGUUGUGAGUGCCCUCUAUCACGCUCACAGCCGCAGGGCAUUUAAACAACACUAUCGAAGACCUUAAGCGACCGUUUUUUUUACUAGUCUUCUCCCCUCUGUGUUUAAAAAAGUACACAGAACAGAUUAAAUGAAGCUGUUCUUCUCUUCAUUUUCUUUCUUUUGCGUUUUAAAACAGCCCAGAACCUUUAUCGAUUGCUUGCUACACACACUUCUAGUGUACGCAGAUUUCUUUUCUUUUUCUUUUCUUUUCUCCUGAACAGAAAACUGUACAGUAAAUGUUGAUGUACAUAACUUUUUUGUCUUAAAAAAAAGCAGAAGAUCCCUGUUAAGUCUUUUGACCUUCUAUUGUAGUUUUAUCUAAAAAUGUAAAAAAAAAAAAGUUCUAAAAAAAAUUGUAAUUUUUGUUUUGUUUUUCUCUAUUGCUUGUCCAAAAAAAAGUCUCCAUCCCCUGGAUAUUUUUUUGUAAACACUGUAUAAGUUUGGAUACAGUUGCGGGGGAGGCUUUAUUGAGGGUAUGCUUGGAUACGACGGAAAUCACAACUACAACUCUUUGGAACCACACAACCACCCAAAGAGGACUCCAGGUUGGUAUUGGAUUUGCAGUGUGUAGGUGAUCGUAGACACCGAGUGCUUCUCAGGUGUCGGUGAAAAACCUCCCUUACAACAACAGGAACAAUUUUCUUGAAGUGGUGAAAUUGGUUCUGAAGCUUUUCGGUUAUUGGUUAGCUCUCUAAAGGAUUAGCACAGAACCAUGUCGAUGAUGCCACUCUAAUCCUUAUUUUCAGUGUAGCUUAAGUGUCAAACGCCAACUGUAUGUCUUGGAUUAAAAGGUUGAAAAGUUUUCUGCCUACUUCUCCUGGUGUGUUCGAGCUCUUAGAUGUCGGGAUCAGCGAGGUUGACACAAACAAGCGAGUGCUGGACACUUUAGACGAUCACAAGAAAGUGUUUGAAUAUAAAUUUUACGUACGUACCUGUGAUUGUCCCCCCCCCCCACACUCUUACCAGUUCACCGUGGUCUGCUAGUGAAGCGAAGUUCUGGUUGUUUUUGCGUCUAUGAAAGAGUUUGUCGUGCUUUGUAAAAAUAACUAUGGUUUGAAGCUUUUUGACGAUUUGAGCUGGUUGGCGCGUGUGUGCAUGUGGUUGACAGUGUGUGAGCGUGCAUGCAUAGAUGGUUGUGUUAAUGUGUUGGAGAAAAGACAGAAUUCCCUUCAUUUUGGGUGUUAGCCCUCUGCGCCUCCUGUGGAGGUUCUUAAAAAGGCAUCUCCUGAGGCCACGGGUGGGGGGUCAGGAGACAACUCUUUUCCUGCCUUAGGCCCGACCUUCCAUCUUUGCGGUCUGAAACUCGGUGACUGUUUGAUUUCAGAACAGAAGACAUACUGUAACAAAGUUUAAAGCAAUGCUGACGUGGCGCCCUCUCCUUCAGAGCAGGUAGACACACAUGGACACAGGCUCUUUUUCCAGCAUCAGUUUCCCCCUAAAAAAUGUACAGAGAACAGUUUUUUCAAAAGGCAUAUUCUUCAUUAUUGAGGUUUUUUCUUAUCACUUUAUUUAUAUUUGCAUAUUUGUACCAUGUGAUCUUUUUUUUAAUAGCAUUCAUAGCAGGUAGGUCUCUUUUUAAUGAAAUCUGCACCACUCUGUUUCAGACAACUCAUGUUUUGCUGUUUGGAAACAUUUAACAAAACAGGUCAUUUAGAUGUUUGUUUCUAAAAUGUAUUGAAAGGGUAUUUUUGUAUGUGUUUAUCACUUCCUUUAAAUGAGUCCGUACACCCAUUAAACCCCUAAAAACUA